AAGAGGGAAACGGCUGCACAGAAACAACACUGCGGUCCCCGAGUCCGACAAAAAGCCACAGACCGAGCAGCAAGUAGAAAAUGGCGUUCAUGCUGCAUAUAAAUGACAUCACAGGACAUUCAGCCGUGUUGCUGUAAUUGUCCCACGCACAUGAGGUGGUACUCAAGUCGCCUCAGCCUGAUCGGAAUAGGUUCUAAUGGAAAGGGCUAAAAGCACAGGGUUUUUUUUAUCCUCCCAGGUCCAGAGAGCUGUUCUGGCUGUUUUCUGUCUCCUGGAGUUUAUCGUUUCCAUCUGUAUCGCUGCCUUUGGCUGCUACGCUUUGUGUCCCUCCACUGAUCAGCCAAUCAUCUUUAUCAACAAAUCGCUCGAAGCUGCUUCAGAGGUCCCAUGUACAUACGAAUCCCCACCUGUGUCAGAAGCCCCACCCCCUUCAGAGAUCAGCUAUGAGGAUGUGAAGUACGACACCAACAUCGUCUGACUGCUGCGGACCGAACUCCAUGCUGUCCUGAAUCUUCAGCUUCUUUUUAACUGCUUAAUGGAAUCUUUAAGAAUCAGUUCCACCUGUUCAGGUCAUGAUCCUGGGUCUUUUGACCCAGCGUUUAAAGUUUUAGCUUAUUUUGAUGUUUAUAGUUUAUGUUUAAGUCCUUUAGGAAUUCCAAGUUCAUUUCUACUUUGCCUAAGUUGCCGUUAUAGUUGAUUGUUUUUUCGAUUCCCCUUGUGUCCUUUACCCCUGUGUUUAUGUUCGCCCUUUGUUCGCCCUAAGGCAUGUGUUUCAUGCCUGCGUGUCUUAUGGUGUCAGGUUCGUGUUGUCAUGUCUGCGUUCCAUGCUGUUUCCCUGUCCUAAUUGCAGUGUGUUUAGUUUUGCUUCCCCUUGUCACCUCUGGUCUGAUUUGUCCCACCUGUUCCCCAUCCUCACACAUCUUUCUGUGUACUUAAGUCCUCCUUUGUUCAGUGUCAGGUCGUCUGUUGUCUUUUGCGUCAUGUCUCCCUGUUUCAGGUAUCUUUGUAUCCACGACAAGUUUCAUGUUUAUGCUUUUUCAUGUGUAUUUUUAGCUUCCCCAGUUUACGUUAUUGUUUAUUCUCAUCUUUGUUUGCCUUAUGCAUUACUUUGUAUUUCUCCAUCAGUCAUAUUAAACUGCUCACUUUUUGUUAAUUCAAGUUUGGUCCCACGUUCCUUUGUGUCUGGUUCCACUGUUCACUAUACAUACAGUCUGCUUCUGCAUACUGUGACAGUUCAGGUCCUUU